AUGACUAAACACAGCGAUAUCUUUGGUCCCACGUCGCACUCUGUACCGGCAGCCCCGGUGAACGUGUCGGUGACGCAGCUGAGAGCCCACUCGGCCAUGAUAACCUGGAAUAUCGUUCAGGGCGACACGGUGAUCGGAUACGCCAUCUCCCAGCAGAGACAGGACGGCCUGAUGCAGCGCUCCAUCCGGGAGGUCAACACGUCCAGCCGCUGGUGUGUGUUGUGGGAUCUGGAUGAAGACACACACUACAGCGUCCAGGUCCAGUCGGUGGGGCGCGAGGGAGACAGUCAACCCAGCAGAACUGUCCACUUUAGAACUCUGGAGAGGAGCGACCAUUAUCCUGCUGGAAUGCUGGACCACCAUGAACCGGCUAUGGAAGGCCUGGGCAUGACACCUCACCUCCAGACUGGAGAACUGCUCAUUAUAACCACCGUCCUGCUGCUGUGGGCAGCCGUCAUCGCCCUGUUCUGCCGCCAGUAUGACAUCAUCAAAGACAACGACUCCAACUGCACCAAGGAGAAGGCCAAGCGGCCCUCGGUCCGCGCCUCCACCUCCUUCUACAAUGCCUCCUCCCACAGCUCCCCCGUCUACCACAAUGGAGCCGUGCACAGCAGCAAGCUUCACCGAGGCUCCUCUUCCAUCAGCAUCAUCAGAGUUUGA